AGUGUUUAAGUCGUGGCAUCAAAUUAAACAAAAUUUCUUACUUUUUUCCCCCCAAUCAGGGCUGAUAAACAUUUUCUGGAUUUUUUUUUUUUUUUUUUAAUUGUACGCAGACACACACACACUGUCUCUUUCGCACUUGUUUUCAUGUUCUUUUUGUUUAUUUUGAGUAGAAAUGUUAUUUCUGAGAAUCAUUUUUGUUUUUGUAAUAAAAUUAAAAGAAAUUGUUUGUCUUCACCUAUGUGUUGCCUCUUUCAUUGCUCCAGAUGUCAUGACCCCUUCUGAUUCAAGGUCACCUUGAUCUGUUAAGGCCACUGACCCUAGGGGUAAAAAUGUCAGCGGAAGAAGAUUCGAACUGGUAUGAACUGGUUUUCUUGACCAAAGACGCUGACAGAUGGGUCUCGAAGAGCCAACAGGGAAAAAUGGACAUGGAUACGCAACACUAUUCCUUCCUGUUUCUUACAGGUCUUUGUGUCCUCAUCCCCUGCCAUCCUCUCCAGUAUCACUUCAUCAAUACCCCUCUUUCCUGGUUGAAUGCCCAAAAAUACUGCAGGUCACAGUUCAGAGAUCUGGCCACAGUCUUUGACGUGGAGGACAUGAAUCUUCUUGUGAACACGGCUCAGGACUCCAGUGGAGGAUUCACCGCAAGGGCCUGGAUAGGGCUGUACGACAACCUCACAAGCUGGAGGUGGUCAUUCACAAACAGCAACUAUUACCAGGGUUACGGGAUGAAUUACAGACAGUGGGACUUCGGCCAACCAGACAACUUGUUUGGGGACCAGAUGUGUGUGAGGAUGUGGAGCCGAGGGAAAUGGGAAGACUCAAACUGCUUCCUGAGGAACUCCUUCAUCUGCUACGAUGAUACUGCCAGGGACGACAAGCGUUUCACUUUUGUGGCCCAGGAGAUGAGCUGGCCUGAUGCUCAGCAAUACUGCAGGAGACACUACACAGAUCUGGCCAGUAUUAGAAACCAGGACGAGAACAACCAAAUUCAAUAUUUGGCCAACAACAUGGGGGUCUGGAUUGGACUGUACAGGACGCGGGAUUGGUCAGAUGGUCGUGACUCCAAAUUUCGCUACUGGGCUAUCGGACAACCAGAUAACUUCCAAGAGUCGCAGAAUUGUGUCACAACUCAUCUGGGCAACGCAGGCCGGUGGUCCGAUGACUACUGCAGUGCACAGCUAGCAUUUGUCUGCUAUAAAGAAGAUGAACGGUCAGGUACGAUACCUGUGUCCAGCACCACUGCUGUGACUCCUGACAAAAUAACUUCAGCUAAGGCGGCGCAGGUGUUAACCGCCUCCAAACAGUUGGAGCACGUAAUUCACUUGGAAGUCACAUUCACCUCCAAGGAACUGAUCAGUGAAGAAAAUGUGAAAGAGUUGGUGGAUGCUGAGUUUCACCAACGUCUGGUAGAAAUGGGACUUCCUGAGAACAUCAAGCUCAGCCUGAAGAAAAUUGAGAAAGUUACUUAAAACACACAUGGAUCAGAAACUGGACAAUCAGGAUGUCCAGUAGAUGUGAUGGUUGUCUGACAACCUGCUCUGGUCACAUCAUGAAGAGAUAAAAACAUUUGUCAGAAUAUGUAAAAUGUUGCUUAAAAGUUGGAUUUUAAUGCAAUUUUCUGAAUGUGUUCUUCUAUGACUCUACUUUGCUGUUGUAUGUCAGCCUCAAACAAAUGUUGCAUCUUUACAAUACUGAAUUUUCCUGGUAUUUGGUGCUCUGUAACAUUUUUGUCUGCAGCUUUCACUGACUCUGGUUCUGGUGUAGUAGUUAACAGCAAAAAGAAGUUGCUACUGGUUUAGAAAUACACAAGAGUGAUGUAAAGUGUUGUUUGUUUUGGGAUCUCAGCAAUAACAUUAUUGUGUUAACCUCUGUCAGAGAAUUUUAAAUUCCAGCCUGAACCUCUGGCUAUCACACCAUGUUAAUAGGACAACUUUAAGCUGAACCUUAAAGUUUAAUUUCCUUCAGUCAAUUUCCAAGUGUCGUAUGUGCAAAAGCAUUGGUUUUGCCAAAAAUACUACCAGAAAUUAAGAAACAGUCCAUUGCGGUAGAUUGCUCAAUGUGUAGAUGUUUUAUAGAAACAAAGUAUUUUACAGCUGUGCUAUGAACCCAACAGAAGGCAGUACAUGUUUGUGUUGCAUCUGUUUUUAUAACUUUUUGUAAGUUAGGAAAAAAGACCCAUUUCUCAAAAUUCUUUAUUGAUCACAACCAAGCACACAGGUCAGGAAGUCAGUUCUGCCUGACAAAUUAUUCAUUAUAUUAAUGCACAGAAAACCAAAAAUGUCUCUUGUACAAAUCUUGACCUAGAGAAACAGCUUCUCAACAAGCAGCAAACUCAGUGAUGUGAUGAAUGGUGUUGGACAACAGUCCUACAGUAAUGACUGAGUUUCUUUCCAGCACUAUCACAAGAAGAGAGGUUUGUUAAAUAAAAAAAAA